GAGGAAAGUAACGAAAGUUAAAUCACAGCUCAAGAAAACGGAGAGUUCGGUCUGUGUUUUGCCCUAGUAUUCAUUAUCUUUCUCUUGUUCACUGUUUUUCCGAUCUAAUCAACAUGACCAAACAGCAAGCUAGAGCUAAUUGGUCUCCUUACGAUAAUAAUGGAGGUUCUUGCGUUGCAAUUGCAGGUGCUGAUUAUUGUGUGAUCGCUGCCGACACUCGGAUGUCAACUGGAUACAACAUUCUCACACGCGAUUACUCCAAAAUCUGUAAAUUAGCAGACAAAUGUGUGAUGGCCUCUUCCGGAUUUCAGGCUGAUGUCAGAGCCUUGCAAAAGGUCCUGGCAGCUAGGCAUUUGAUCUAUCAGCAUCAACACAACAAGCAGAUGAGCUGCCCUGCCAUGGGUCAACUGCUCUCAAACACCCUUUACUACAAACGCUUUUUCCCUUAUUAUUCUUUCAAUGUUCUAGGUGGCCUGGAUAAUGAAGGAAAGGGUUGUGUCUUCACAUAUGAUGCUGUUGGAUCUUAUGAGAGGGUUGGAUACAGUUCCCAAGGUUCUGGUUCCACUCUAAUCAUGCCUUUUCUGGACAACCAGCUGAAGUCUCCGAGUCCCCUCUUAUUGCCUGCCCAGGAUGCUGUUACCCCACUUUCUGAAUCAGAAGCAAUUGAUUUGGUGAAGACCUGUUUUGCAUCUGCAACAGAGAGGGAUAUAUAUACUGGGGACAAGUUGGAAAUAGUCAUCUUAAAUGCCGAUGGCAUUCGUCGUGAGUACAUGGAACUAAGGAAAGAUUGAUUCUCUUCAUCCCUUAUGUGGUCCCUGCUGCUUUCGUUGAAAUGGCUUUUCGGAACAUUCACAAUACAUAUGGAUGGUAAUUGCUGCUGAGAUGAUCAUUCUGUGUUUUCACGACUCCUUUACGAAUCCAGUUUGAAAUUACUUAGUGGAAAUGUUGCAAUUAUGAAUCCUUUACCGGACAUGAUUUUAUGUAUUCAGAAUUGUGUUUGAUUCUUAAUCCGAAUUCUUUAUUGAGGCUAUUUUUGGUAUUAUAAA